CUCUCUAUACAUGUGGGGUGGCUUUUUAAACUCUCUCUAUACAAACAUAUUUAUUAAGAGCGAUGGGAAGUGGGGGGUAGCCUAUUUUUUUAAUCCAGGCACCAAACCCCCCCUGCCUCAGAUGUCUGGCUGCUUUUCUUAAGUGCAAUCAUCUAUAAUUGAGGGGGGGGGGGAAAGCCAUACGUGGAAAUGUGUGUGUGAGAAGGUGCAUCUUGAAGCAGGGUUUAGUUACAAUCGAUCUUGGGGGGAAAAUAUUGCCUAUGGUCCAAAAAUAAGGAGCAACUAUGUCCUUCUCUCAGUUCGGAUACCCCUACAGCACCACUUCACAGUUCUUCGUCCCCGCCAGCCCCAGCACGACCUGCUGCGAGGCCGCCCCCCGUUCCGUGCCGGAUGCCUCCUCGGCGCCGGCCGCCGCCUCCCUCUGCUGCGCCCCGUACGAGAGCCGGCUGCUGCCGCCCGGCCGCCCCGAGCUCAAUGCGGCCCUGGGCAUGUACGGCGCCCCGUACGCCGCCGGCCAGGGCUACGGCAACUACCUGCCCUACGGCGCCGAGCCCGCCGCGCUCUACACGGCGCUGAACCCCCAGUAUGAAAUCAAGGACGGCGCCGGCACGCUGCACUCGGGAAUCGCGCAGCCCGCUGCCUACUACUCCUACGACCACUCCUUGGGGCAGUACCAGUACGAGAGGUACGGGACGGUGGAUUUCAGCGGUUCGGCCAGACGCAAAAACGCAACGCGAGAGACGACGAGCACCCUCAAGACCUGGUUGUACGAGCACCGCAAAAACCCCUACCCCACCAAAGGAGAGAAGAUCAUGCUGGCCAUCAUCACCAAAAUGACCCUGACGCAAGUGUCCACUUGGUUUGCUAACGCCAGACGGAGGCUCAAGAAAGAAAACAAAAUGACCUGGUCUCCCAAGAACAAAGCGGGGGAAGAGAGGAAAGAAGAAGCCCCGCGGGAUGAGGAGGAAUACGGCGCGGAGGGUGAAGGCAGAGAGCAGAAGAGCUGCAAGGAGGACAAGGAGUUGCGGUUCAGCGACCUGGACGACCUGGAGGAAGAGGAGGAGGAAGAGGAGGAGGAGGAGGCGGAGGCGGGGAAGCCGGAGAAGGGCCGGGCCAGCUCCCUGCAGGAAGCCCCCAGCCUCGACGCGGCGGUGCCCGAGGCUCCGAGGAGCGACUGCAGCCUGCCCGGCCCCUUCCGCGCCUUUCCCUGCGCCAAGGCCCCCGUCGCAGACUUGUCCCCCGACGCCCUGCGCGGCCCGCUGCCGCCCUACGCGCCCGCGGAGAAGCCGCGCAUCUGGUCGCUGGCGCGCACGGCCGGGGCCGGCGCGGCGCGGAAGGGCAGCCCCGAGGGGGGCUGCGGGGCGGCGGGGGAGCUGCCCCUGCCCGCCAAGGCCUUCCGGAGCUCCGCUUUCAACCUGCAGCCGCUCCCGCGGAGCUGCGCGUCCCACCGCGGCCUGGGGGAGCCGUGCCAGUACGCGGCGGCGGGCGAAGGCUUCGGGCGGGGCGCCAAGGGCGGCCCGGGAGGCGCCGAGCUGGGCGGGACCUGCCUGGACAGGCUGCGGACGGCGUUCCGGCCGGUGCUGCGGAGGGCCGCCCGACCCUUCCUGAGCGCUGGCGAGGGGACUCUGGCUGCUGCGAGGCUCUCUCGGCUCGAAACAACGAAGGAAAGCUCUCCCCUAUCCGGGCUGAGCUCCCGGCCCCACAGGCAGGGCCCGCGGCUCUGCCCGUCUGCCCUCGCUGGGACGCGUCCUGCCGCCCCGCCGCACAACGUGCUGCUCACGUGGGGCCAGGGCGCGCAAGCAGAGCGGCCAGGUGUCCAAUACCCCUCCCAACGGCUCUGCCGAAAAAAGAAAAAAAUAUCUUUUCUCUUUUCCCCCCACGUCAUGGUUUGUUUUUCCUUUUCCUCCCAAACCCGCUUCCUUCCCACUGCAUCCUGCUCUGCCAAGGUCUGUUCGUUCACAGUUGCUCCACACCGUCUGGAGGAGGAGGAGCAGCACAAGGUUACACCAGGCUGUUUAUUUCCCAUCGCUGUACAUAGAUACUGCCAAAAGUAUUUUUCAGAGUCUCUAAUUAACACGGAUGAGCUGAAGGCCGUGAAGCUGUCCUGUGACCCCUGCAUCUCUUCAGCCAGGCCCGGCGCAGCAGCCCCCGGCCUGGGCACCUGGGGCAUGGCCAGGGCACCCCCAGGCAGCACAUGAAGUAGGACGUUAUUAGUGGGUCACCUCCGUCCGUCAGUGAAAAGAGCAGUGCUACACUUUACAGGACAGAUGAGAAAGGGAAACCAUAUCUCUGCAUUAUUUCUGUUUAAUUAAAAGUGUCAUCAAACACUUUGUGUUCAGACUAAUAAACCAAGCAGGGAUGAGGAAAGAAUGUUUCUUUGUUCCCGUCUCUAGAAGCAGUGGCAAUAAUUUAAAUUAAUAACUGUGGUAAUUAAGAGAUCAUCUAUAGAUCAACCCAAUACCUGCUAUUUCCAAGUUCACUGAGGUCAACAUUUACAUUAAGUCAUUUGUGGUCAAUAGUGUCCAAUGAAUUCUGCCUUAAUAAAUCAGGGAAAUCAAUCUUGAA